GUGGACUCGCCCGGCGCAACUUUAACUUGAUUCCUCCCGCCCGGCUCGCGGCCACCGCUGCCGUCUGGGCCGCCGCCUCACAAAGGGGCGCGGGGAGGGGAGGCGGCGCGGGCCCGGGCACAGGCGCCGGUGCGCAGGGCGCGGGCCUCCCCGCCGCCGAGGCCGGGAGACAAAAGGGGAACUGCCUGCGUUCGCCGUGCGGGCCGGGAGCCGCCUGCUCGUCCGCCUGCUCGUCCGCCUGCCGCCCGGCUCGGCGAGCCUCCUCCCCCCGCCCUCGGCUGCUGCUCCGCCUCCCUCCCCGCGGGCCGGCCCCGCAGUGCUCCGGGGCCCGGCGAGCCUUCGGGGCCCCCGCGCGUCGCUGCUGGUGGUUGGGGCUGUAGCGAUAAUAAAUGAUAGAGGAUACAAUGACUUUGCUGUCUCUGCUGGGUCGCAUCAUGCGCUACUUCUUGCUGAGACCCGAGACGCUCUUCCUGCUGUGCAUCAGCUUGGCGCUGUGGAGUUACUUCUUCCACACGGACGAGGUGAAGACCAUCGUCAAGUCCAGCCGGGACGCCGUGAAGAUGGUGAAGGGCAAGGUGGCCGAGAUCAUGCAGAACGAUCGGCUCGGGGGUCUCGACGUCCUGGAGGCCGAGUUUUCCAAGACCUGGGAGUUCAAGAGCCACAACGUGGCUGUGUAUUCCAUCCAGGGCCGGAGAGACCACAUGGAGGACCGGUUUGAAGUUCUCACGGACCUGGCCAACAAGACGCACCCGUCCAUCUUUGGGAUCUUUGACGGACACGGGGGCGAGACUGCAGCUGAAUAUGUAAAAUCAAGACUCCCAGAGGCUCUUAAACAGCAUCUUCAGGACUACGAGAAGGACAAAGAAAAUAGUGUUUUGUCUUACCAGACCAUCCUUGAACAGCAGAUUCUGUCAAUUGACCGAGAAAUGCUAGAAAAAUUGACUGUAUCCUAUGAUGAAGCAGGUACAACGUGUCUGAUUGCUCUGCUGUCAGAUAAGGACCUCACCGUGGCCAACGUGGGUGACUCAAGAGGGGUCCUGUGUGACAAGGACGGGAACGCCAUUCCUCUGUCUCAUGAUCACAAGCCUUACCAGCUGAAGGAGAGAAAGAGGAUAAAGAGAGCGGGUGGUUUUAUCAGUUUCAAUGGCUCCUGGAGGGUCCAGGGAAUCCUGGCCAUGUCUCGGUCCCUGGGGGAUUAUCCGCUGAAGAAUCUCAACGUGGUCAUCCCAGACCCAGAUAUCCUCACCUUUGACCUGGACAAGCUCCAGCCCGAGUUCAUGAUCUUGGCAUCAGAUGGCCUCUGGGAUGCUUUCAGCAAUGAAGAAGCUGUUCGAUUCAUCAAGGAGCGCUUGGAUGAACCUCACUUUGGGGCAAAGAGCAUAGUUUUACAGUCAUUUUACAGAGGCUGCCCUGACAAUAUAACAGUCAUGGUGGUGAAGUUCAGGAAUAGCAGCAAAACAGAAGAGCAGUGAACCCUUCGGGGUCUCGGCUGCCUUAGACUAAAGGACUUUCAACACACUGGUCUCUUUUAAUGUAGUCAAAGGUGUGGGAGUUACAGUUAGGAUGAGCCACCUAAAUGUGGGAUUCCCCCUCGCUGGUGGACAUAGGUCUCUAUGCAGGAAUGGACAGAGGGUGCUCUUGGCCAGCAUAGCUGAGAGGCUGGAAAAAUGGUUUCUUUGUGUUUUCCCAAUUCUUUCAUCUGAUGUUCAAAAUAUAUAAAUAUAUAGCUGUAGAUUCACAUGUAUGAGGUGAACGGCACAUGUGCCAUAUAUUCUCCCAUUUGAGAGUCUUUGCAAGAUCUCUUACAGGAUUCUCUCCAACAUCAGACUUUGUCCUCUCUUUGGAGCAGUGCGCAGAGCGGGCCUCCAGGGCUGCAGGAGACGGCUGCAGCGUCCCCCAUGAGUCUCGGCUGAUGGGUCGAGGCCCGCUGCUGAGGGCAGAGCUAUCCUGAGACUGCUCUGGCCUCCUGAACCCAGCUUUUCUGCUCAGCAGCAGCCCAGACACAGAUUUGAGAUGGUUUAAUAUUCCAUGGCUGCUUUUGGAGACUGAGGGAAGGAAGUGGGGAGGAUGAGAGCCGCCUGCACAGCAGACAUAACCUUUUGCCUUGGCUUCCUUUAUUAGUUUAAUAGACUCCCUGUACCACCUGACCAGUCUUCGUGCAUUUAUCCUAGUCGUGCAUGACCUUAACCUUCUGCUUAUACCUGACCUUAUGUAAUAGGCAGCUGUGAAACUUCACCACCAGACACCACAAUUUUUUUUUUUUUGUCUUACUAAGAAACCUAUUAGGGGAAGCAAAUAGGGUAAAUCACAAUACCAUAAUUUCUUCCAUCUUUAAGGGUAGAGAGAGGAAAAUAGAAGCCAAAUAAGUCAAGGUGCCCUUUGGGCAAUCUGCCAUUUGCAUUAGGAGACAAAGCUGGGGAAGGUCACCACCCUGAACUGAGCUCCAGUGGCCAUUUUUGUGUGGGGUUUUUUUGUUUCUCUCCUGUCCUAGUAGCUUUCAGGUGUCUCUCCAGAGGUGUUUCGAGAAGCAGCAGCCUAGAACUGAGUGUGUGUGUGUUCCCUGAAGCCGAGUACACUGUUCCCAGCGCAGUUUGACAUUUGGUGGUAAGAUGCUGGUAUGUGUUUCUCCUUGACAGUGGGAAGGCAGCAGCCUGUAAUGUCUGCUUGCAGCUCACUGUCCACACCAGGUAGGUUGCCCCAGGCAAACACAAACUGCCCCACACCGUCCUGCAUUCUGCGGCAACCACGCUAGCUGGGAAUUCAUGCUCUGACCUGUAUUGUUAAUUGGCUCAGGGUUAUUUUAUCCCAGUGCCAAGCCUGCUGCUCUUCAUUUCCUAUCACCAAAGUCAUGUUUCCAAUCUCAGUAUUUUAUAAAUUAAUUGAUAGAGAGUUCUGGGUCAUCUUGUUUGCCUGAGGUGGCUCCAACAACCAAACAAGAUUUUUGUUGUGUCCCUACCCCUCUGUGUCUAAAAUGUCAAGGUGUCCACCUGGUUUUGUGCUUCUCAAGUGGGCACUCGUAGUUAGAACUUCUCAAAGGUCUAGUGCACUGGCCACACACGUCCAGCCCUCAGUCCCCUCCCUCCCCUGCCCUUCUUCAACGGUGGAGCUCUCCCAAAGCAGGUUCCAGGGGAGAACUUGGGAGGAUGAAACGAUUCCCUUGUGGCUCCCAAGGACCGCAACCUGUCUCAAUUCCUCCAAGCGCUUACCUUUCCUUGACUGCAAUGAGAAUUAAUAAUGGUUUCCCAAGAGAUUUGCUCACUUUUGUAAACUGUAACAAUAGCAUUUCCAACAUUAGAAUUAGAACGUUGUUUGUGUUUUUUUUUUUAACUAUAGAGUGUUCUAGUGCAAAAUAUCUGUCACCACUUUAGAUUGAAAUAUUUGCCUAUUGAGAGGCAGUGAACAUUUGGAUGUAUGUAUUUGGGGCAGGGGUCACGAGAGGAAUGUAGGAGACAUGCUGGUUGUGUUCAGCAAUAGGAUGGUCAAACCAGGUGGCCUGAGCUUGGAGACCUAGGACAUUCUGACUCUGGAGAGUUACCAAAGCCCACCAUCUAAGUGAAGUUAAGGAAUAAGCAGUUUUAGCAUUUUAUGCUAUGCAGUCCAUUUUCCUUUUUUAACUUAGCUCUAAAACUCAUAAUGACAAGGGAAAGAGAUUUUUAAAUUCCAUGAUCAUUGAUAAAAUCUAAAAUGAAAAUAGACAUGUUUUGGUGAAGAUGAAAAAGCAAAGCUACAGGAAAUCAGUGUUUGUUUACCCUUUAAGAGGUCUUCCUCAGUGAUGCCGAGGGCAGGAGUGCUCACUUCCCCCUCCAGCUGAGGUUCACCGGGUGUCUUCUAAAAUUUGCUUUGUACAAUUAAUUCAUUUCUGAAUUUAACCAUGUAGUAUAUGUCUUUCCUACUGCCUUUCUGCCUUUUUCCCUCCCACAUUGGCUUGUAGAUUUUGUAAAAGAUAGACAUUUUAGGCAAAAUGGUAGCAGUUUGAUUAAGAGUUAUGGCUAUAAUCAGAGAACUUUGCUUCCUUCCUCUGUCCUGGAGCUCUCUCUGACCCUCAUCCAGCUAUUAGGGAUCUGCAGGCAUCACCCCGGGGGUGCCCUGUGGCUCAUUUUCUAGGGAAGAGGGAAGCUGAAUCUAGCCUUUAGGGAAAUUGAUUUGAGAAGUUUGCAUGUGAAGCUUCCCUAAACAGCACUGCCAAAGCUUUGAAAUUGUCACAUGAGGCUGCCCAGACUCCCCAGCCUGAGUUCACAUUGCCAAUAGCCCCACGGUGCCAAAUUUUAGGAUGGUUUUACAGUCUUUUAGAAAUGAACUUGGGAAUGAAUGACCGUCCACAUGCUUGCGAACCCCCAGCAAGAUGCCAAGCCCAGAUCCUCAUUAAUGCACUGCUCUGCUGCUGCCCCACUGGUCAUUUGUACUCUUAACAAUGGGUUGGGAUUGGGGGUGGGGGGUAGGACAAGAUAGGGAAAAUUUUUUAAAAAUUCAUUGUAUCUGCAGUUCUCUAAUCAAAGGAAUAAAUACUUACAUUAAAAACUCCAAAGCAGUUCCCAAGACCUGCAUUCAUUUUAUGUGACCAAUUUGCCCAAGGCACUGAACAAUGAAGUCACUAUUCUAAUAUAACUUGACUGUGCGCAUGUGUACACAUUACUUGUAAUCAGUGGCUACAUUCUAUUCCUUUCCUUAGACAGAAGGUAUUGGCCUCUUGUCUAUGUAAUAAGAGCAUAACAGAGAGUGUUUUAUGGAGUGAAGGAGCGUAUGCAAUCUAGGUCAUUUAAAACAGGGCUUAUUUCAUACAACUGUAAUGAUUUGAACCCACAUACAUUCUGUGCAAACAGGAUUGCAUGAGAAUGAUGGCAUCAUUUCAAUCCUAUGUGAAGUAAUUCUGGGAUAUUGAUUACAUUAUUUGAUUGGAUCACUGGGAUAUCCAGCAAUACAUGAAGGAUACACAAGGGAGUGAUCACUUUUUCCUUUACCAGGUAUAUCUUGAUUUUCCAGAUCUUUUCCCCCUGAGUUAUGCCAUACCUAAUCUCAGAACCUCGUCAAGGGAGAAGGGUUAGAAAGGGCAACAUUUCACUGUACAUUUGAAAAUAUAAGAAUACAUGCUCUGGAUGAAGUUUUAUUCUUCAAUGAUUCAGAAAUUAUAUUUUCUCCUUUGACCCAUCAACAUUAGACUGAUCUUCCCUUAAUAUUCUCCUAAAAUUGCCUUAGCUGGUCACACCAACAUUCCUGAACCAGCUUUGCAGAAAUAACUUAACUGUUAGAUACCACGCUGGGUCCUACUUAAUUGCCUCUAGAUUAAAUCAUUGGUAUCUAGACUUCUGGGUUACUUAGUGGAACACUGCAGAAGUAAAAGAAUCUGCUGUUCCCCAAAGUGUGUUCCAAGAACACAAGUUUCAAAGAUGAUCUUCUAACUAUAGGGUUCCAUGGUUAAGUGAGUUUGGGAAAAUAUCUUAAAAGUUAGUGCAUAUAAGCACAUAGAAGGUUUUAAUGUAAAUGUCCUAUGGGUGAGUGGCAAGGGGGGUGCGGGGGGGGACAUGACACACCACAACUGUAAUUUCAGGUAGUUUAUUGUUUGUUUUCCAGAUUAAUUUGGCCAGAGAAACUUUUUUGAGUGACACCUAAUAAUAUUCCAAGGAGCUCAUGUUCCAUAGGGCCCACAAUGGGAAAUUCUGGUGUAUGGAAAUAUUAGUAUCUUCUCAUUCACUGUGACUCUUAGUAGUAGCAGCACAAUUUGCAAUGUUGAAACACUAGUCCUUUCCAUAUGAGGCUGAUUUGUUAAUGAAAGCAGUGUUAAGAAACAGUAUGACCUAAUAAGACCCUCAGCAGCCUCCCAUCGAUAACAGAAGCCCAGCAAUGCUACCUGAAGCUCUAAACUUCUCUCUUCUUGUCUGUGAAUAAUAAGCAGGAGCCUUGCCCUAUAGCUAGGAAUUUCUCAAAUUCAUUCCAAGAGCUUUCAGUUGGGUUUUUGAAGUUAUCUUUGCUUUCCAGAUUGAAUCAAAAUAAAUAUUUUUACAUUUUAUCACCAUGUGAAAGUUUUAAAAUACAUAUUUAAUAGAAAAGGGGGGAAAGGGGCAGCCCAGGUGGCUCAGCGGUUUAGCGUGCCUUCAGCCCAGGGCAUGAUCCUGGAGACCCGGGAUCGAGUCCAGCAUUGGGCUCCCUGCAUGAAGCCUGCUUCUCCCCUGACCUGUGUCUCUGCCUCAGUGUGUGUGUGUGUGUCUCUCAUGAAUAAAUAAAUAAAAUAUUAAAAAAAAAAAGAAAAUGGGGGAAAGACAUUUAGUUAUAUAAUUCAUUUUAAAAUUGUAACUAGAUUUUUAAAUUAUUUAUCCAUUGUAUAAUAAUGGAAAUGUAAACUAUUAACACUUAAUUUACUCUUUCCUCCAUCAUUCUUUCCAGAUUCAGUGAAAUAAUCAAAAAUCAAUCAAAGCUCAUUCAUUCUAAAAUCCCUAUUCCAUGUUGUCCCACCUUUCACAUUUUAUGUGUAGGAUUAAGUUUGGUGAGUUAUCUUUUGCCUAAAAUGUAGGGCUUGACUAUAGCUUCAUACUCAUCACUCUUAGCCUGGGCAAGGCUGGGAAGCUCUGGGUAAUCCCAAAAUAAUGGAUGAAAUCAAUUUUGUCCAAAACACAGUGCACAGUGAGUUUAGGGUAAAGUCAUUAACUCAGAAUUACCUCCAGUGUGUAGGAAUAUAUCCACCCUGUGGACAUUAUCCAAAAUAGUAAGAAACCCAAAGUAAAAUUGAUUAAGCUGGGUGGCAGAUAUCAGAGGACAAGUGACAGUUGACACUAUAAGGCUUCCCAUGAGAUAUGUGCUUCUAAACAUGUUUGGUAGUAUGUAAAUUUUUUGCUAAUUCUCAAUGCUUUAUUAUUUUUUCUUUUUACCACUGUUCAGCUCAGGCUAUUUAAGUAAGGGUGGAUUAUGAUAAUUUUGAUGUGUUUAGUAAUGACCACACCAUCAUUUGUACAAACACUCUAAUAAAUUCCAGUUAAGGACUUUGAAGAAAGCACAUAGUAGCUGUUCAUUUUAACGAAUCAUCAUAGGUAGGCAUUUUCACAGUUUGAAACUCUGCCAAUAAGCAAGCAAACAGCCAAGGUGUAGUUUAUAUUUAGAGAUGUGGUUCCAUUAAUUCUAGAAGUCCUAUAAUCUGGCAUUAUUUAAACACAAAAUCCCCUCUGACAUUUGCCAAAUCCAAAUUAAUCUUAAAAUCUCCAAGGACCUGAGUCCUUGGCUCUGAGCACAAGCAGAUUGCUAUGAAGGUUCUGGUGGCAGAUUGUGAUGGGGAGGGUGGGGGCAGGACACUGUGCCUGGCUCACUCACUGUCUCUGUAGGAGAGGGACUAUCAGCCACCCUCUCUCUUCACCUUUUGUCAUGAGGAAAUUCAGACGUUAAAGAUGAAUAUCAUGCAUUAUCUCAACAUGGUUCUAUAUAAAUCUGACAAUGCAUAAUUUAAAACGUGUUUACACAGAAGCAAAGAUAGAAGUAAUAAUCAAGGAAUUGGAGAAGAAAACCUUUAGCGGGGAUCCUUGGGUGGCUCAGUGGUUUAGCGCCUGCCUUUGGCCCAGGGCGUGAUGCCGGAGACCCGGGAUCGAGUCCCACGUCAGGCUCCCCGCAUGGAGCCUGCUUCUUCCUCUGCCUGUGUCUCUGCCUCUCUCUCUCUCUAUCAUGAAUAAAUAAAUAAGUAAACUUAAACUUUAAAAAAAAGAAAGAAAGAAAGAAAACCUUUAGGGCAAAGGGCACCAGAUAUUAAAAAUGUAAAAAGUAGGUUUCCCAAAAUUUGGAUUAUCAGACUUCAGUCAUAGCAAUUGCGAACACCUGCACACAGAUCAGUAGAAGGCACUUGUCCCCACAUGUUACCUAUUCAAACAGGAGGCUUCCUACUUAGCAUAUUGGCUAAUGCCUUUUUUACAUGUUAAUAAAGACAGAAUUCUAAAGCUUUUAUAGGACUGUUAGUACAGACAGUCACAUCUAAGAAAAAUAGUUUGGAACAUUUUUUAAUUUGAAAAAAGGCAAAAUUAAUUUCAGUAUGCUCCAAGUUGGAACGUAAAGAAAAGCAUUUUAAAGAAAAUAUAAAAGACAAAAGUAAAAGAGUGAUAUAAAAGGAAAUAUUUUAAAUUAAGAAAAGGAGGCAUAUUUAUGACAUUAUGAAUCAUGCUUUCUGAUAUUUGUGUUUUUUUCUGAAGUUAAGGACACAACACUGAAAUAAGAAAAUGAACAUUGAGUUAUUUGUAAAGUUAGUAAAAUUAGAGCCCCUAUUCCAUUCUUUCCCUGUGAAAAUGAAAAUGUGUGGUCUUAUUUAUUGCUGUCCUAAACCACCUUCAUUGUCCCAGGUUCUCUUCGCAAAUCUUAGACUUAGACGUAGUUUUACUCUGCAUCCUUAGAAUUUUUGCAUUUUGCAGGAGGAAAUACCCCUUUUUUAGAAUUUUUUAAAUAGUGAGCUAGAGUAAUAAGCCUUUCAUUUUAGAGUGCCCAGAUAAAACUGAAUUCAGAUCAAUGCAGUCAGCUACAAGAGCGAGUUGUAGACAUAAUUUUCUACAUAAAUUAUGUAGACAUAAUUUUCAAAUGCCAACAUGAAUACCAGUGAGUAUUCAAUUUAUUUACUUUUUUUUAGAAGAUCUUAUUUAUUUAUUUGAAAGAGAACACAAACAGGGGGAGGGGCAGAAGGAGAGGGAAAAGCAGACCCCCGACUGAGCAGGGAGCUUGAUAUGGGGCUCCAUCCCAGGACCCCUAGGUCACGACCCCAGCCUAAGGUAGACGCCUAACCGACUGAGCCAGAGUACGAAUUUAAGACAAACUACAAAAACAACAGGAAGAUUCAAUGUUCUUGCUCUGGGGGGUUUUCUAACCCAUAUAAUACAAAGGAUCAUAUUUACUUAUAUAAUUUUUUAAAAUGCCAAUCACAGAGAAAUGAUGUUUUAGACAUCUUUAGCCCAACAGAAUGUUAUCUCUUGUGCAAAUCUUAAAUUUCUGUCCUUAUCAGUACAUGUAAGAACAAUGCUUAGUGUACUAAUGAAGAAAUAGAUCUACAUUCUGACGUUUGAGAAAAAAACUAAAGCCAUGGGAUGUUAAGUGAGACUACUGCCCCACCAUUUAGGCUUUAAGACUACAACCAAACAGUCUUCACGUGUUGAUCAUUUUGAUUGUCUUUUUACCUCAGGUAUACAUUCAGAAAAUAGAGUAAUAAAUAUAAAAAUGGAGAAAAUCCACUAACUUUUCCUUCUAUUUUAGAAAGCAGGGGCACCUGGCUGGCCCAGUCAGGGGAACAUGCAACUCUUGAUCUCGGGGUCAUGAGUUCAAGCUUCAUGUUGAGCAUAGAGAUUACUUAAAAAAAAAUUAGAAAGCAGUGUUAGCCCUCUUUAAUUUAUCUGAAAUAAAAUUUAUCUGUUAUGUUCAUAUUGAAACAUUAACACCUCCAACUUUGUCUUCAGUUUACCCUUUAAUUACUAAUGCAAAUAGAUUUGAUUUAUAGCACUUACGCACUUCAAUUCAGGCUGUCUAGUUAAAAUCUAUUUUGCAAUGCCUCAGUGUUCCUGUGGCGAGCCAGGAAAAAGAAAACAAAGACAAAAAGAAAAAAUUUUAGUAAGGUCAGAGAAUGGUUAUUCUGACAAACCUGGAAAAUAGUAAAGUUAAUUCCAAAACACUUCAAGGUGAACUAUGUUCAUGUACAUAAUUUCUAUUUUUAACUAUAAGCAUCACUGCAUUUAUAACAGAUUGAUCUACCUUGUGAUCAGAUUUAAUUAGAAAAGUCAUUAUUGGGACCCCCGGGUGGCUCAGCAGUUGAGUGCCUGCCUACAGCCCAGGGCGUGAUCCUGGAGUCCCAGGAUCGAGUCCUGUGUCGGGCUCCCUGCAUGGAGCCUGCUUCUCCCUCUGCCUGUGUCUCUGUCUCUCUCUCUGUGUGUCUCUUGUGAAUAAAUAAAAUCUUAAAAAAAAAAGAAAAGUUAUUAUUUUUGCUGUAAGUAUAUCUGCUUGUAUGUUUUGUUCUUCCCUUUCCUUUUUUUUUUUUUUUUUCUGAGCAUCUGCCAUGUGCCAAGCAGAGACAGUCUGAGUAGAUCUAGGGGUGAGCACUCAGGCAUCAUCUCUGCCUUCUUGGCGUUUACAGCCCAGCAGAGGCUUCAUAGAUAUUAUAACACUCAUUAUCGGCUGAAUGGGGUGAAAAUUGGCAUCUUUCAUGAUUUCUUCCAAUAGCCUUGGGUUUAUGAGAACAGUGCAGAAUUAGACAUUCUUUCCUACGCAUAGGAGAGUGCAUGACUCUUUCCCCAAAAGACUAGGGAUAUCUUGCAAAUUCCAUCAGAUAAUUACUCCAUGUUAGAUCACUUAAGUUUCCCAAGGAUACAGUGAGAAAGUGAGACAGGGAGCCCCUGGGGACCAGGGAAGGGGUAAGGCUGUCCCAGCGGGAGGCCAUCACUGAGGCCUCCACCCAAGUGGGACAGGUGCUAUACAAGGACUCAGCAGUAGUAUGGUCGAAGCCAAGGUGUCCCUCCUUCCAGGAUCCUUUCCUGGAGGAAAAAGAGAAUUAUUGGAAAAAAGAAUAGGGAAUAAUGAGAACAUCUCUCCAUGGCCCAUCUUAAUUUUUGUUCCCAAGAAGCUAUGUAGCAUAACACCCUUAUACCCCCAAAACAGAACCGAGAACUGUGAGUGUUUAUCAGCAGUGUUCCUGAAUCUAUAAAUUAGUGAAUUCAUUACACAGAAAAUUGACAUGUCUCAGGAAGAUAAUAAUUUCUUGGUUUUAAAUAUGAACAGAAAACUAAAUGCCAGAUUUUUUUAAAAAAUCAUAAAGUUGGUAUCCAUAGUAACUUUAGACAUUCCAGAGUCUAGGCAUGGAAUUUAAGUUUUAUAUUUUGAAGAAAAUUGCAACAUCUAUUUUCAGUAGGGCAAAGCAAAACUAAAUACCAGACUUUUAUUUUUAACCACAUAGGGCACCACUUCUCUCUAAGUUCUUUGCCUGGUCAUUCUCCCUGAACAUCUCUUUCUGUUUAUGCCAACUGCUUCUUUAUCCAAGUAAUAGUAGCUACUACCAAAUUACAUUAGAAUCAUAUUGAAUUAGAAUAAUAGAAAGUGAAUGAUAAGAGACUGGGAAUAUCUCAUAGUGAUUAGAAGUGGGAGGAUUUUGUUGCCAUUUUGUUUUUAAGCAUGAGAACAUAUAAAAGAAAAUUCAAAUUAAGUCAAAACAAAUUGUGAUUUGGUAAGAUUAAAACCCGAGAUGGAGCCCCAUUAUUCAGGGAGGGAAAGAAGGAAAGGAGAGUUGGAGAGAGGAAGAGAAAAAAACCCCACAUAAUUGAGUAGUGUUUUUUUAUGAAUGGUGUAUCCCCCAAGUUCUGAUCUCAUCCCCCCCCCUGCUGGAUUUUGCAACAGUGACUUUGUAUAUAAGCGUUUACUAAGCAAUUUUACCACCAUGAAAGUUUUUCCAUCAGCUUUUUCUUGAUAUUUUAAAAAUUAUAAGAGGUUGUAUAUAAAAAGAUUCUAGGAUCCAUAAUUUAUUAGAUAAUGGUUUCUUUUAGGAAUCUUCAGAUUGUAUUUAAUAAUUAAGUUGCAGGUCAAAAUGCUCAAAUCAAUCAGGCUUUCCGAUAAGUUGGUCCCUGGAAACUAUCCAUAAUAAAUACAACAAAACCUUGGCAAAACCUCAUUACUCUUGGUACUCCUCAAAGGUUUUUAUACCUACAAUUCUAUAUUUGUCUCUAAGAGACAUUUGAAACAAUGUUAAAAUGUCAGUUUGGUGUAGAGCUCAGAGGAUAUGGCGGUGCAGUCCCUCAAGAUGCAUGGCGUGUCAUUCAGGUCCUUUGAUGUGUGCUAGGGGUAGAUUUAGCCUUGUAGAGACUAAUGUGUUCAUGCAAUCACUGAUUCUGUGUUGUUGUAUACAAAAUGAACAGCUAAAAAUUCACCCUUGAUGACAAGAUUAAAGCAAAAAUAAACACAUUAAAGUUAUUGGACUUUA